UUCUCCUGUUAAAAAUAGAAAUAUGACAGAGUCCAAAGAGAAAGCUUUGAGUGUGAAGUCUGAUGUUACUACAGUCGCUGUCAGGAAUGAUGUGGUAGAGGCUAAGAAACCGAUGAGGAAGAUUCUUGAUGAAGAUGAUUAUAUAGAGGGUUUGGAGAAGAUCAUCCAGAGGGACUUUUUCCCAGAUGUCUCCAAACUUCAAGCGCAGAAUGAUUAUCUGGAGGCGGAGGAAAAUGGAGAUAUGGAGCGGAUGAGGGAGAUCGCCAUCAAAUACGGGUCUUUGAUGGCUAAAUACACCCCACGAACCUAUGUGCCCUACACGACUCCCUCAACAUUUGAGACCCCAGAUGGUCGAAGUGCAUCUCCAUCGUGUUCGCAGAGCAAACACAGAGCAGCGAAAGAGGAUGGAAAAGAUGCUGAAAAAACAGAAAAGGAUCUUCCGUCUCUGGACCGUUUUCUUGCUAAAAACACGAGUGAAGACAACGCAUCCUUUGAGCAGAUAAUGGAGCUCGCGGAGGACAAGGACAAGCUGAGGCAUGCGUGGCUCUAUGAGGCAGAAAAUGAAUUCAAAGAGAGGCACGAGCAGAACCUCGCUCUACCGUCCACAGAGAAACAGGCGCUUGAGUGCACCAAGGCAGGAGUGGAAACAUGGCAGUACAAGGCCAAAAAUGCACUCAUGUACUACCCUGAAGGUGAAAAAGAUGACACACUGUUCAAGAAGCCACGGGAGGUCCUGUACAAGAACACUCGGUUUGAUGUUGACCCCUUCUGUAAAGCCCUGAACAAAUCGCAAAUCCAGCAAGCUGCUGCGCUCCAUGCACAGUUUAAACAAGGUAAGGUUGGUCCAGACGGCAAAGAGCUCCUGCCUCACGAAUCCCCCAAAGUGAAUGGUUACGGAUUUGAAGGAGAAGCCUCCCCUGCUCCUGGUGUUGCAGAGUCUCCUCUGAUGACGUGGGGUGAGAUUGAAAGCACUCCGUUUCGCCUGGAUGGCUCGGAUACGCCACUUGUGGAGAGAAGUCACGGUCCAUCGUUCAAGAUUCCAGAGCCUGGGAGAAGAGAGCGGUUGGGACUGAAAAUGGCCAAUGAGGCUGCGGCAAAAAACAGAGCUAAGAAACAGGAGGCACUGCGCAAAGUCACUGAAAACCUCGCAAGCCUCACUCCGAAGGGACUGAGUCCCGCUGCGCUGUCUCCUGCCCUUCAGCGUCUAGUAAACAGAUCAUCCAGCAAAUACACAGAUAAAGCCCUGAGGGCGAGCUACACCCCGUCACCUGCGCACAGGGGCAUGGGCUCUAAGACUCCUCUCGGAGGUCCAGCCACUUCCUCCAUCACACCAACUCCCGGAAAAACCAGAACACCAGCCACACAGGACCCGGCCUCCAUCACAGACAACCUCCUCCAGCUGCCCAAGAGGAGGAAAGCCGCGGAUUACUUCGGAAUCUAAAGACCGAACACAAACUCUAACAUGGGCAGGGUCAAAUAUUUAUUGUUGUUUUUUUGCAUUUUUUUA